AUGUCUGUAGCAGUCAGGAAGCGCAGCUGGGAAGAGCACGUUACCCAGCGGAUGGGAUUGCUCCUUCAUCCGGAUGCCCCAACCCCAACAUGCCACCAUGGGCUGGUAGCUGACAGCUUGCACACGAGCAUGGAAAAGGGAGGCACUCUGACUAGGAGCCACCACCAGAGGUGGGCAUCCCUGCCAGAUUGCUGCCAGGCCUCAGAGCUGUCCAGAUGCCCUGAGCAGUUCCUGGGAAAUGUCUCAAGGGAACCGGUUGGAAACGACACUUGUGAUGGGGAGGAGGGCCUCCUUUCCCUGGAGGCCAGCACAGAAACUCUGGUCCAUGUGUCUGAUGAGGAGAGCGAUGCAGAGAUGAAACUAGGUGCUGUGAACCACUGGAUGAGUGGAGAGAGGGAAACAACAGGUCAAUGGAGACUGAAUGGUACGGGUGCCUUUGUGAAGAAGCCACCAGGCACUGAGGAGGAUCAGGAGUCUCCAGUCUCUUUGGGGGCCUUGGGGAGAGCCAGUGAACCUGAUCAUGAAUCUGUUCUUAUGGAGGAGAGUGGAAAGAAAGCAGACUGGGAUCCUAAUGGAGACAACCAGGAGCUUGGCAGUGACCUCAGGGUAAGUCGAGUCAGAGAGGCACCCAAAGCAGAUUUUGCAGAGACUCUGAGUGCAAAUGAAAUUCUGUCUGAGAAACAGCUGCUCCAUUCUGCUGUGAUUGCUCAGCAACGGAGGAAAUGUGCUGACACCAUCAAAGACAGGAAUGAGAGGCUUGCUGGUGAGGCCCUACAGGAUGGAUCUCCUGCCUCCCACUGUGCUGGGAGGGCACAACCACAGUCAGAAGACUCUGAGAGCUGCUUUGGGGAUCCUCCCUGUUGUCUCCACCCUCUGGACCAAAGUGGAGUCACAUACUCCCACAGUGUCCCUCAAAACAAACAUCUCCCAGAUGCUGGCUCCAGAGAGGGCAUGCCCUUGGAACAUGGAACACCUCCCAGGACCACUGGGGAACUGGGUGGUGGGCAAGUCACUCUUCGAGAAAAAAAGGAGGUGAGAGAAGAUCGAGGGCGAGGACGGCUCGACUCCAUGGUCCUGCUCAUCAUGAAACUGGACCAGCUGGACCGAGACAUUGAGAAUGCCCUCAGCACCAGCCCCUCUCCGGCCAGCCCCCAGGUGCACCAGCCCCAGCAGAGGCCCAUUCCUGAUCAAGAGUCAAGAGAGGAGAGUGGAGAGAAGGGUGGGUCAUUAAAUCAGGACCAAGUGGAUUUACCUCCCAACCUGGAGUCAAUUGCCCUGGGGGCUGGUCCAGCCUCUGUUUCCCCCACAGUCAGCUCUGCAACCAAACCCAAGGACAUGCCCAGUACUUUGGAGAAGAGGAAAGCUGAAAUCGAGGCCAAAGAAGCUUGUGACUGGCUGCGGGCAGCCGGCUUCCCUCAGUACGCCCAGCUGUAUGAAGAUCUCUUGUUUCCCAUUGACAUCACGCUGGUCAAGAGAGAGCAUGACUUCUUGGACCGAGACUCCAUCGAGGCUUUGUACAGGCGCCUGAACACUUUAAAUAAGUGUGCAGUAAUGAAGCUGGAGAUCAGCCCCCACAGGAAGCGGAGCGAGGACUCGGAUGAGGAUGAGCCAUGUGCCAUCAGCGGCAAGUGGACUUUCCAGAGGGACAGCAAGAGGUGGUCCAGGAUGGAUGAGCUUGAUGUCUUCCCUCCGAUGCCCGGCCUGGCUGCCAGGGCACCAGGGAACCAGGCCCUUGCCAGUACCACUAGUCGAGAAAGCCUACUGACUGACCUGAGUGAGGGCCAGGAGUUGGCCUCUAUCCAAAGCAUCAGCAGCUCUAGCAGCCUCCCAAUUGAGCCUGGUAUGCCCCGGGCAAACUCUGUGGUGAGUGUCUGCUCCUCGGGCCCCCGGGAGGAUGGUUCCCGGCCAUCCCCCACAGAGCUGCCAAGCAUCAGCACCAAAGCCCAGGGGCAGCCAGCCAAGGCCAAGCCAAGAGGCCUGCUCAAAAGGAUGGAGAGUCUGAAGCUACGGCGUUCCCACACUAGCAGACCCAAGGCAGCCCCACCCAAGCUGGGCCUGGUCAUCAGCGGCCCCAUCCUGCAGGAGGGGGCAGGCCAGGAAAAGCUGAGGCAUAUGCAUUGUGUGGAGAUCUCCAGCCUGGGCAGCGGCCACUUCAGCGUCCCAGGCGUCCACAAAAGAAGCGUCUCCAACUCCACCCAGACCAGCAGCGGCAGCAGCAGCAGCAGCCAGUCGGAGAGCAGCAGCACUGUCAGCACCCCCAGCCCCGUGACCCGGACCCGCAGUCUCAGCACCUGCAAGAAGAGGGGCGGCAUGUACCUGGAAGGCUUCGACCCCUUUGACCAAGCAGGCUUCGACAGCGUCCUUGAGCAGAACCGCAGGAACCGUGACAGCUGCCCAGAGGACACAGUAUUCUACAUUCCUGAGGACCAUAAGCCGGGCACCUUCCCCAAGGCCCUCUCCAAUGGCCGCUUCCCUCCCCCGGGCAGCGAAGGCUCUGCCACCAACUGGAGGGCAGGGAGCUUCCACGGCCACGGCCGAGAGGGUGCCAAGGGGCCACGGCGGCGCAACUCCUCCUGCUCCAUGAGCAGCCGCCUCAGUGUCUAUGACAACGUGCCCGGCUCCAACCUGUACUCCAGCUCCGGGGACCUGGCUGACCUGGAGCAGGACGACAUCUUCCCCGAGCUGGAUGAUAUCUUAUACCACGUGAAAGGGAUGCAGAGGAUCGUCAACCAGUGGUCAGAGAAGUUCUCUGACGAAGGGGACUCUGAUUCUGCACUGGACUCGGUCUCCCCCUGCCCAUCUUCUCCAAAGCAGAUCCACCUUGAGGGCGACAAUGACCGCACCUCACCCAGUGACCUAGACAGUGUGGGGAACUCUCUGAACGAGCCCGAGGAGCCCUCAGACAUCCAGGAGAGGAGGGACUCUGGCGUGGGCGCAUCCCUGACCCGAUCCAACAGGCCCAGGCUAAGCUGGCAGAGCUCCCAGCGACCAAGCUCUGGCUCAGUGCUGCCACAGAUCAGCUGCCAGUCUGUGGCCCAGAUGAACCUACUGCAGAAGUAUUCGCUCCUCAAGCUAACAGCCUUGCUGGAGAGGUACACGCCAUCCAACAAGCAUGGCUUUAGCUGGGCGGUGCCCAAGUUCAUGAAAAGGCUUAAGGUCCCAGACUACAAGGACCGGAGUGUGUUUGGGGUCCCACUCUCCAUCAACAUGCAGCGGACGGGGCAGCCACUUCCCCAGAGCAUCCAGCAGGCCAUGGGCUACCUGCAUGACCAGUGUUUGGAUCAGGUAGGGCUCUUCAGAAAGUCAGGUGUCAAGUCCAGGAUCCAGGCCUUGCGCCAGAUGAAUGAGAGUUCCAUGGCGCAGGUGAGCUAUGAUGGGCAGUCUGCAUAUGAUGUGGCCGACAUGCUGAAGCAAUACUUCCGAGAUCUUCCCGAGCCGCUGAUGACCAACAAGCUCUCGGAGACCUUCCUACAGAUAUACCAGUAUGUCCCCAAGGACCAGCGCCUCCAGGCCAUCCAGGCAGCCAUCAUGCUUCUCCCUGAUGAGAACAGGGAGGUCCUUCAGACCCUGCUCUGUUUCCUGAGUGAGGUCACUGCCGCCGUGAAGGAAAACCAGAUGACACCCACCAACCUUGCCGUGUGCUUAGCGCCUUCCCUCUUCCACCUCAACACCCUUAAACGGGAGAAUUCUUCUCCGAGGGUGAUGCAGAGAAAGCAGAGUCUGGGCAAACCAGACCAGAAGGAUCUCAAUGAAAACCUGGCAGCAACGCAAGGCCUGGCGCAUAUGAUCGCAGAAUGCCACAAGCUCUUCCAGGUCCCUGAGGAAAUGAGCCGCUGUCGGAACUCGUACUCAGAGCAGGAGCUGCGCCCCCUCAGCCUCGAGGCUUUGGGCCGCCUUAGUGGCCAGGAUAGCUCAGACUAUCGGCACUUCCUGCAGGACUGCGUGGACAGCCUGUUUAAAGAGGUCAAGGACAAGUUCAAAGGCUGGGUGAGCCACUCGACCUCGGAGCAGGCCGAACUGGCGUAUAAGAAGGUGAGUGAAGGACCCCCACUCCGACUGUGGAAGUCAACGAUUGAAGUCCCUGCCAAAGCCGAGGAUGUUUUAAACCGACUUCUGAAGGAACAGCACAUUUGGGAUCCAGACCUCUUGGAUGCCAAAGUGCUUGAAGUCCUGGACAGCCAGACCGAAAUCUACCAGUUUGUCCGGAGUAGUAUGGUGCCCCAUCCUGCCAGGGACCAUGUUGUGCUCAGAACAUGGAGGACCAACUUACCUAGGGGGGCCUGCAUGCUCUUGCUCACCUCCGUGGAUCACGCCCAGACCCCUGUGAUUGGGGUAAGGGUGAACGUGCUCUUGGCCCGAUACCUGGUUGAGCCCUGUGGGGCUGGGAGAUCCAAGCUCACCUAUAUGUGCCGGAGUGAUCUGAGGGGCCACAUACCAGAAUGGUACACUAAGGCAUUUGGGCAUUUGUGUGUAGCUGAGGUGGUGAAGAUCCGAGAUUCUUUCAGUCGUCCAAGCUUGGAUCCCAAAGAUGGGAAAUCCAGGUGACAACAGACCCACCACAGGCCGAGACUCUGCAUCUGGCCCAGGACCACUGUGGGUUUUGUUUCAUGGGCCAAGCAUGGGUAGGAUGGAUCAAACCACAAACCAGGAGUCCAGCUGGGCAGUGAUCACACAAUAGAUACAUCACAAGAGCUGAUCUUGACUGGAAAAUGCAUGGCCCCAUGGAAUAACAUCUGCUGUACUGUGUUGAGAUUGCUUCUGAGAAGCAGGACUCUUGGGGGAUGAGAUGAAGAGACUCCUGUCUCCUGGGCUGUUGCCCUCGACUGGCCCCAGGCUGGAGGAAGGGCAGAGCUGUCACAGGAGGUGGUGUUUGGAUGGGGGCGUUUCUCUCCAACGCCAGCAAUGAAAAAUGAGUUUCCAUAGAGAGAUGUGUGUAUGAGUGAGUGUCCAUGACUGAAUGCAGAGCAGGUGCAGGGAGUGGGCUCUGAGAGGCUGGCAGGCAGAACCACUGGGAUGAGGAGUAACUCUCAUGCAUCAGGGAAGGCCAGCAAACUUCUCUAUUUCCUCCCUUUGUCUUUAGGGGAGCCAGUGUGUGAGAGUCCAGCUUGAGUGGACCCCCUUUCAUCCAUAUUGGUUAGGAGCUCCAUUUGGAGGGUCCCAUCUCCGCAUUGCAGUGAAUCUGUUCUCACCGUAGAUGAUCCCACACUGAAGGUCCUAUCUCAUUCCUAGUUGGUUUUAAGGCAGGAAAAUUAGAAUCCAGCAACAGGGGUAUUUUUUGUUUGUUUAAAGGGCAGAGGUCAGGGUAAGGAUGAAGAAUGUGCUAGUGCCAAAGCUAGAAUCAGAAUGAGGGCCACACUUUCAGAUGAUUUCUAUCAGAAAGCAAAAGCUUCUCACUGUGACUCAAGUCCAUUCUGUAUUAAUGUCCAGGGCAGAAAAUGUUGAAGGAGUGGGGAGCCCCAGGUCUCCUAAAGAAGUGUGUGCAAACCCAAGGCACCAUGAGAUGCUGGAGUCCUUUCUGGUCGAGCCCUCCUGGGUGCACCACCAUUUUCUGUUCUUGGGUUUCCUUACUCGGGCCAUGAUUCCAAAGAGCUCUUUUGGCCAAGAGCUCUUCCUGCAGGUGCCCAUGUCAUGAUGGGAUCCAUCUCCACCAGCCCUGUGUUCUUGGAUCCCUCUUUUGUCCCAGUCAGUUACGGACUACUUGUAAGUGAGCAUGGUCAGGAAGGCUUGUCCUUGGCUGAUUGUGCACCUCAGUUACCAUUGUCAGUGUUACUUCAGAAGCUCUUCUUAAUGAAGACACUGUGUGUGUGCGUGGAUGUGCGUGUGUGUGUGGGGGGGGGGAGCAGAUCAGAUUCAGCCACAACGUGCCGUCAGGGUUCUUGAACACGUGCUCCUUGUGAAUACCUAGAUCUUGUAGAUUCCGUCUCAGACUUCUUCCAUGGAAGAUUGUAUGUUGAACAUACCGUCCCAUUGAGUAACACAGGUAACGCAUGAUGGAGUAUUAUUUAAAAUAGACUUGUAUUUAUGCAUCAGACAGUCUUUGGGUUUUAUACCUCAACUCAACAUAUUUGUGUUGUUUUUUUCUUUAUUGUAAAUAAAGCUUUUCAUGAUUACCGUGGAAGUAAAUGAACAAGGAAAAGGUUUAUAACUUGCUAUGAAGACUGUACAGAACAUAGCCAAUGAUUGCACUAUUAAAUGUUUAACAUGA